AUGAAAGAGAGAAAUUGUUAUUCAAGAGUACGAAUUUUACCGGUUUGGGUGGUGCUUGCGAUCCUGGUGGGGGGUCUCCACAAUGUCGCAGGUCACGGACGAAUGUUGGAUCCUCCGUCCAGGUCCUCCAUGUGGCGAUUAGGUUUCCAAACGCCAAAAAAUUACGACGACAACGGACUCAACUGCGGUGGGAGAUCGGUGCAACACAACAGCAUCAACAAGGGCCGUUGCGGUGAGUGUGGCGACGAAUGGAGUCUGCCCCGGCCGAGAGCAAACGACGAAGGUGGCCUCUACGGAACAGGCACUAUCGGCCAAACCUACAAAACAGGCUCCUACGUCCGGGUGUCGGUGGAAUUAACGUCCAGUCAUUUGGGUUAUUUCGAAUUCCGACUUUGCCCGAAACGGUCAGCCGAGGAAUUAGUGACGCAAGAGUGUCUCGACAAUUAUUUACUUCGGUUAUCCGACGGAUCAACUCGUUAUCAGGUGCCGGAUUACACUGCCACUUGGUACGACAUGCUAGUCAAAUUGCCUGACGGCUUAACGUGCGACCAUUGCGUCAUCCAAUGGUAUUAUACGACAGGCAAUAGUCCGGGUCUUUGUGGAGAUGGAACAAAUUCGGUCGAUUGCAACCAAGAGUCAUUUGUCAAUUGCGCUGAUGUGGCCAUCAAAGCAUAGCUGUACUCACCAGUGUCACCUACUGCGUGUUUGUCCCCUUGAAUUCCGAGCUUCACACACGUGAUGAUGAUAUUCAUGUAUAUCGACAUACUAGAGUUCCUAAAUCUGGAAAUGAUGGUGAUCAAUUGGCUUUUCUGUUAUUCUAUCGCUGAAUAGCCUGAAGCAUAUUAGCGGAGGGCAAUUCAUCAACUGUUUUGAUUAAACUAAAUGGUUUCAAUCAA